AUGAUCACACGUGUGCCAUCUUGUGCAUUACUAUUAACGAUUGUUUUACUCAUCAACGAGAAGACAUGGAUUGCCAAAGCUGAUUUACAUAAUGAUUCGAGUCCUCUCUCAGUUGGUACAUUAACAUUUACGCAAGCAAAUGUGGUUGGAUCACCAGUUCGUGUUACUGGUACUUUAACAAAUUUAGAGCCCAACACCCGAUAUCAUGGAUUUCAUGUACACAUGUUUGCCUUACCCGAUGACAUAUGGGAUUGUUCUCAAGCUGGAGCUCAUUGGAAUCCUUAUGCUUCAACUAUUAGUCCAGUGACACGUGUUCUCUGGCCGUUCGAUUUGAAUACCAACGAUUUGAAUAAUAUUUACAAGAGUGAUCCGGUGAAUAGUCCAUCAUAUGUACCAUCACCGGUGAGCCAAACAGCUAUUCAUCUUCGAUCAUCGCUACAACAAUCGGUGACAAUCAUUCAACCAUUCUUGAAUUUUGCUCGUAUUUCAUUUACGGUGAAAUGUUGGAUCUAUCCGACAUCGUUAUCUGUCUAUGACAAUACCAUUCUCUCGCAAUGUCAAAAUCAACCAACACGAAUUUGUCUACAAUUGGGUCUACGAAAUGCGACCCUCUUUAUGGGAUUAUUUGAAGACUAUUUAAAAGGCAAAACAGUACUGAAAGCAAACAAUUGGUAUCAUGUAGCAUAUGUUUUCGAUGCAGCAUCACUUCAACAAGCAGUUUAUCUGAAUGGUAAACAAGAUGCCAUGAGAAAAGCAUCGAAUAGUUAUCAAGGUACAGAAGGUAUUCUGACUAUUGGAACAUCGAAAAGUAGUCGAAUACAUCAAACUUAUUUCGACGGUUACAUCGAUCAACUUUCGUUUGUAUCACUAGUUAAAAGUGUCGAUGAAAUCUGGCGUGAUGCCACUACUAUUAAUAUUCCAUCAGUAAAUUGUGAUGCUCAAAUGGCAAUUAUUCAACAACAAGCAAAAACAAUCGAACAACAAAUUUUGACGACAAAUAACCUCUGGCAAUCAAGUAUGGAAACUGUAUCAUCUAUAUGGGAACAACAGCAUCAAGGAAUUUACGAUGUCAGUCCUCCAUCUGGUAUUCACAUUUGGAAACGGACUGAAACUUCAAUAUAUGAUUUUAGGCCUCCGAAUAAACUUUGGUGCCCUUGGCGAGCAGACUGUACGCAAGUUCUAGAUCAAAAUGGCCAAAUGACCAUUGAAAUGGAUCAGAUGGAGCCUCUACCAUUUGAGUUACGUGCAUCAAUCAGCAAUAAUCCAACCAAUGACACUUAUGUAGUUCAUCUUUAUCUCGAUCAUCAUCGAGCACAGAUCAGUAAAACAGUCAAUGGACAAAAAAUGAUUAUUAAUCAGACGAACGACUAUGAUUGUGUUUUAUAUAAUGAAAAAGUUCGCGGCAAUUAUUGGUUGAGUAUCGAUUAUUCGAAUUUGUUUGUCAAAUAUGGUCAAGGUGAAGUACGAGAUCGAUGUACAGUGCUUAGAAGUGAUAUUCCAAGCAAUGAAAGCAAUCAUGUACGACAAAUUCAAUUUGUUCAUAUCUCACUUAACAACAGUCGUGACAUAGCUAAAUUGAAACAGUUUGAAUACAAAGUUAAAUUAAAAUUGGGUCGAAAUCCAGUGGUCUACGAUCCGCCAUUGAUUGUCGUUUCGCCGAAGAAUUAUGAUUUGAAUGACUAUCGAGACAAGGCAACGAUACCAGUGACAAGACUAGAUCCACCUUGUCAAGCUCUGUAUCAUGAUGUGAUUCAUUGGCGAUUUCAAGAUGACGAAUUUCCGCAUCUUUUUGAGGCGAUUGAGCAAAGUGUUCGAAAUGAGUCAGGCUGGUGUCGUAAAAGAUUAAUCGAAAAAGCCAAUCGAUUCGGGAAGUCGAAUAUUUUAGCUACUUAUUUAAGAAUCACCGUUGGACUUAAUCGAGGCACGUCACCUGGUGUUCCUUUCGUCGUGGAAAUUUGGCCACCUGGUCACUACAGCCCGAUUCAUGCGCACGCCAAUACUUAUGGCAUUAUCCGAGUAUUGAACGGUGCGAUUAAUGUGAAACUUUAUCAAACAUUGUAUGUGAAACGACAGAAACCUUUCUACCAAAUUAACAUUGCCACAGGUCAAGUUACUUGGCUUUCCCCUGGUUUAAAUCAAAUUCAUAAAUUAGAGAACAUAACACCCAAUCAAACAUGUAUUACUAUUCAAGCUUACGAAUAUAGAAGUGAUGAAGUGAGUAACUAUGAAUUUUUUGACUAUAUUAACAAUGAUGGGAACGAGAUCCGUCGAUUUGAUCCCGUAUCUGAUAUAGAUUAUUUUCAAUUCAAAAAGAUCAUGAUGGACGAAUGGAAUAACAAACUUUGA